CCUGAAACCUGCGAGAGAUGGGUGCUUCGGUAUCAGUGUCGGAGAAAUGCAUCCAUGAAUUCACCGUCAAGAAUAGCGCCGGCAAGGAGGUUGACCUUAGCGUUUACCGAGGGAAGGUUGUCCUCGUCGUCAAUGUGGCUUCUAAAUGCGGUUUCACGAAAUCCAAUUACACGCAGCUGACGGAACUUUACCGGAGAUACAGAGAUCAAGGGUUUGUGAUAUUGGCGUUUCCAUGCAACCAGUUUAUGAAGCAAGAGCCUGGGACUAGCGAAGCUGCUCAUGCAUUUGCUUGUACUCGGUUUAAGGCCGAAUACCCGGUUUUCCAAAAGGUUCGUGUCAAUGGACACAACGCAGCACCACUCUACAAAUUCCUCAAGUCAAGGAAACCCACUUUUCUUGGAACUCGCAUCCAAUGGAACUUCACCAAGUUCUUGGUCGGUAAAGAUGGCCUUGUCAUUGAUCGCUAUGGCCCUACCGUUCCACCUCUCUCCAUCGAGACAGACAUCAAGAUGGCCCUCGCAGAGGCAACUAUUAACCCUUGAAGAGCCUCUCUUCACAUCGGGCUCCCCGGUCACAUGUCAAAGGCUUUUCUUUUUCUUUUUCUUUUUCUUUUGUAUCCUUGUAGACUAGAAUUCAUCUCUUACUCUCCCUCUGACUCUAUAUCUGUCGCUGCUAAGAGAUGCAUUCACAGCAACACCUUGUGUAGCUUUCCGUAUCAGCGUGGGCUCACUUGGGCCUAGUUUUCAUCUUUCGAAAGAAUACAUAUCCAUUAAUAUUAAUGCAGAUGAAAA